CCUUGGCAAUGGCCAUUUAUAUUGAUAUUUGUGACCAGGGAGUGAAAGCUGCGAGCGGUAGCAAUUAAUCUACCCAAGCCAAAUGGCAACGGCCAUCCUACCCUCAAUCCCCAAUGCCUCCCUUCUUGUCAUCCUCUCAUCAAUCCUCAUCCUUCUCACAGCCCCAUCCACAGCGAACGACAGCAAUGUCCUGGUGACCGGGGAUGUUCUCGCCACCGACGGCCAGCUCUCCUACCUCGGCUACAGCUUCGUCAUGCAAGGUGACUGCAACCUCGUCUUGUACAACAAGGGCAAUGGCUUCCAAUCGAACACCCACGGAGAGGGUGUUAACUGUACCCUCGCGCUCAGUGACCGCGGCCAAUUCAUCAUCAAGAGCGCCGACGGCUCCACUGUGUGGACCACGCCGCCUGGUCCCAAGAAAGGCAACUACGCUGCCAUCCUCCGUCCUGAUAGCAACGUAGUCAUCUACGGUCCCACAGUCUGGUCUACCCCGGACUUUCGAUUCGCCGCCACCGGAGCUUAUUCUUCUGAGGCGAUGAACAUUCCGAUGGUGAAGAACGUCUUGUUCUCGUCGCAGAUUCUCUACAACAACUCCACGCUCGCAACCAGGGACUAUACGUUCAUCAUGAAGUAUGACUGCAAUCUGGCCCUCAUAAAAGCCGCACAAGGCGUCAUCUGGGAUUCUGGCACGCAGGGCAAAGGCCAGCAUUGCUUCCUAAGGCUCGACCACCGGGGGCAGCUGGCCGUCGUGGACGACCGCUACAAAAUCGUGUGGGCGAGCAAGCCUAUAUCCAGUGAAGGAGCUUACGCCCUUAUUGUCCAGAUCAACGGACAGGCGGUCGUCUAUGGACCCGUAGUCUGGUCGACGUCCUCCAGCUGAUCUGCGAUGGCCAGUGCGUUCCUAUUUUGAGGACAUCAAUUAAUAGUAAUUAGUAAGUAAGUUUGGCUCGUCGCUGAACCACAGCGUGUACUGCUAGCCCAAAUAUCCAAUAAAUUAAGUUUGGAAGACAGACCGAUUUUUGUGGUGGAUCCUUAAUUGUUACUCCUUGAUGCUUUCAUCGAUCCCUUCUCGUCAUGGACGCGGACGACAA